CUGCUAACCGCCAAAAAGACGGUAAUUGCGGGGGGGCAGGACGAUUGGUGGUCAGAGGUAGAAGUGUCCCCCCCCCGCUCCUCCCCAUCCGUCUGCCGUGGAGGGAGUGCGAACAGGUGUGAGGGGUACACCUACAAGUUGCCGGAGCAGAGCGAUACCACCACCGGACCCAACGAGGGGGCGGGGGGGGCGGUAGGAAGGAGUGCGCGGCUUGGCCGUGUUGGUGUUUAUCAGGGGAAUAAUCGCGCGUUUACAGGGAGGUGGAAGAGGAAUGAGUCUGCGUAGUGCCCUAUCCUGCGGGUAGCUUUACUCGAAAGUAGGCACAACUGAACUCGGCGAGACUUACUUUCGAACUGCUGUUUUUGUUCCUCCUGUGGUGAUCAAGCAAGUAAAGAACUGAUUUCUAGGAUUUGGUAACAUGGCAAAAGAUGCUGGGCUAAUUGAAGCUAAUGGAGAGUUAAAGGUUUUUAUAGACCAAAAUCUUAGUCCUGGAAAAGGUGUUGUUUCAUUAGUUGCUGUUCACCCUUCCACAGUAAAUACCCUUGGAAAACAACUUUUGCCGAAAACAUUUGGACAGUCUAAUGUUAACAUUGCACAACAAGUGGUUAUUGGUACACCCCAGAGACCUUCAGCCCCCAAUACUAUACUGGUAGGAAGUCCGCAUACACCCAACACACACUUUGUAUCACAGAACCAGACUGCAGAUUCUUCACCUUGGUCUGCUGGAAAACGAAACAAAAAGGGCGAGAAGAAUGGCAAGGGUUUGCGGCACUUCUCUAUGAAGGUUUGUGAGAAGGUUCAGAGGAAAGGAACUACUUCCUACAAUGAGGUCGCAGAUGAGCUAGUUGCAGAAUUCAGUACCGCAGAUGCUCACAUCUCACCAAAUGAAUCGCAGGCUUAUGAUCAGAAAAAUAUUAGACGACGUGUCUAUGAUGCCUUAAAUGUCCUUAUGGCCAUGAACAUUAUUUCCAAGGAGAAGAAAGAAAUCAAAUGGAUUGGCCUACCUACUAAUUCAGCUCAGGAAUGUCAGAAUUUAGAGGUGGAAAGACAACGAAGACUUGAAAGAAUAAAGCAAAAACAGUCACAACUACAAGAAUUAAUUCUUCAGCAAAUUGCCUUCAAGAAUCUUGUUCAGCGAAAUCGUCAGGCAGAGCAACAAGCGAACAGGCCACCAGCUUCCAAUUCUGUUAUUCACCUGCCAUUUAUAAUUGUGAACACCAGCAAGAAGACUGUGAUCGACUGCAGUAUUUCUAAUGACAAGUUUGAAUAUCUAUUUAAUUUUGACAAUGCAUUUGAAAUACAUGAUGAUAUAGAAGUGCUAAAGCGCAUGGGAAUGGCUUUUGGGCUGGAAUCUGGAAGCUGCUCAGCAGAGGACCUAAAAAAUGCAAGAAGCUUGGUACCUAAAGCUCUUGAACCAUAUGUGACAGAAAUGGCUCAGGGAUCAAUCAGCAGUGUAUAUGUCUCAUCUUCAUCAGGUUCUGCUUCAAAUGGCACAAGAUUUUCAAACAGUGACUACUCAAAUGGAGGAGAUGGGAUGUUGGCUACAAGUUCCAAUGGAUCUCAGUAUAGUGGCUCCAGAGUAGAGACGCCAGUGUCUUACGUCGGGGAUGAUGAUGACGACGACGACGAUGACUUUAAUGAAAAUGAUGAUGAUGACUGAUACUUUUUUGCUUGUAGACUUUUAAAAAUGUUAAAUUCAGCAAGCUUCAGGAAUAAAUGUUAGGAAGAGAAUUGGUUUAAAAAAAUUGCCCCAUCAAGGAGAUACUGGUAAGAGUCCUGAAUUUAGAAAUUGCACCUCCAAUAAAGUAAAAAAAAAAUUGUUUGUUUUUAUGUAGAUUUUUUAAUAUGUGAUGAGGAUGUGUGUGUGUUGAUACCAGUGUGUUAAUGCAGAACCUUUAUUUACUCUUGGUUAGGAUUUUUAACUUGAAGUUGAAGGAAAAUGCAUUUUGACCCUAAGUGUUGUUGCUAAGUUUGAAAAUGUAGCCACAUAAUGGAAAAUAAAAUGUGUCCACCUGUCAAAAAUGCAUACACUGAAUGGCAUUUUAUUUAGAGUGGUUUUAGGUGAAAUCGUACUGAAGCAUAACAGACAAAUGUUAUAUUUUGCUGAUCAUGCAGAGUCCAAAGAAACAAACAAAAGAGCCUCUCUUAAAUGUUAAUUUGUGGAAAUGGUGUGAAUUUAUUUCCCUUUUAAAAAUUAUGCUGAUUAUUGUAAUUCCAUCAAAUUUAUGUAGUGUGUUUGCUGAAAUGUUAGGACAUAUGAAUUAUAGUUUUGGGCAAAUGUUUACUGCCAAGCUGGCGCAGCUCUGUAAGCGUCUUGAAGGUUUGGAAUGAGUUUUGCUUAUGAUAAAAAUUUGCCUGAUUUCUUACAGGCAGAUUUUGGAAACAAUUUGUUAUAUAGUUGUUUACAUACCUAUAAGUCUAUCAUAUAAAAUACAUGUACUGAAACAAAUGUUUAUAUUUGUUUCUUAAGCAUCUUCCAGUAAUCUAUUAUAAAGUUGAAAUUAAAUAUAGAGAAUGUUUUAUGUUUAACUCAAAAAUUGUCAAUCAUUUUUAAUAUUUCAUUUUUUAUAAAAAGAAAUUUCAGGGCAGGUGGUAGUCUUUUUAAAUUUAUUCACAAAGAAUUAACUGCACAAAUACUGUCAGCUGCCUGUUCUAAGACAGUAGUCUUUUUAUUGAAACACAAAUAAACUUUUCUGUAAUAUUUUAUGGAAUAUAAGCAGUUUGUUUUACUUGUUUAACCGUGGCACUAUUAGUUUUUAUUAAUAAAAUGCGCGUGGGCAUUUUUAACAAGUUCUUUGUUUCUCUAAUGAAGAUUAUUUUCAUGUUGUACGUUGCGUUUGACUUAAGAUAUAGUUCCUCAGUUUAGAAGAGUUGCAGCCCUUUUAAUGUUAUAUUUAUAUCUCUGUAUAAAUGAGACACAACAGCACUGCAUUCAUGAGGCUCUAGAUCUUUAGGGGAAUGCAGCCAAAUGUGGAAAUGUAUAAAUGAUGGAGAUAAGCCUGAAAUAAAAGGGAGCUUUGGUAAAAUA